AUGAAGAUGGCUUUUAAAGACAUCCUCGAAUUUUGCAGGCUCCCCUCCAACUCUCGAAGUGUGACCAAUGUCUGGAUCAAUGAGGACAUUCGACCUCUUCCGCCUCAUCGCAGAACUUGGACGCCAUGGGCAUUUGCGAGCUUCUGGGCAAUAAAUCAGCUCACCUUAUCGAACUGGCAACUCGGCGCAUCCUUAGUCUCAGCGGGUUUGGCAGUAUGGCAAGCGAUCCUCGCCACUGUCAUCGGUAAAGUAAUCAUUGCAGCUGUAGCCGUUGGAAAUGGCUACGUGGGAGCAGAAUGGCACAUCGGCUUUCCCGUGGUCAGUCGCUACAUAUGGGGCAUGUACGGCCACUACCUCGCCCUGGUCCAGAGAAUCAUACUGUCUCUGGUCUGGUUCUCUGUGCAGAGCUGGACUGGAGGACUGUGCGUUCAGAAUAUCCUCGCAGCAAUAUUUCCGAGCUACCAGAAUAUGGCCAACCACUUCCCUGCCUCUGCUGAUAUGAACACGAAGCAGUUCAUAGGCUGGGUCAUUUUCAACUUGUUGAUGAUUCCGAUCUUGUAUAUCAAGCCCGAGAGAAUACAAUGGGUCGUACUAUGGUUCAACGUGAUCACGGCGACGACGCUCAUUUCCAUGGUUAUCUGGAUCAUGGCAAAAGCAGGCGGCGGUGGGCCACUAUUGGACCAGCCUGCAGCAGCUUUGAGCGACUCUGAGCUAGGCUGGGACAUGGUCCAUGGUGUCAGUACGGUCAUCGGAGGCAUAGCAGUUGGUCUCACGAAUCAGAUGGAUUACUCGAGGUUCGCACGCAGGCCCGGUGAUCAGGUCAUGGGACAGUGGCUCUCCAUCAUAGUUCUGGGAAUCUUCAUGCCAUCGUUGGGAUGCCUGAGUGCAUCGGCAUCACAACAGGUCUACGGAGAGGCGAUCUGGAACCCUCCAAACCUCAUUCAGAAAGUAUUGGACACCAGUUACACGCCAGGUGCGCGUGCGGCCGCUUUCUUCGCAGGCUGUGGUCUUGUCAUUUGUCAGCUUGCCAUCAACAGCAUCGAUAAUGCCUUCUCGGCUGGAAUGGACAUGGCGGGCUUGUUCCCUUCUUACAUCAACAUCAGACGCGGUGCUUACGUUGGAUUGGUUCUCAGCAUUGCCAUGUGUCCAUGGAAGUUGCUGAGCGCGGCAAGCACUUUCAUCAGCGUACUCAGUGCGUACUCAGUCUUUCUCGGGCCCAUGGUCGGCAUCAUGAUUUGCGACUAUUGGGUUCUGCGCAGGCGCCGAGUCAAGCUUUCAGACCUCUACCAUCCCCGCAAAGAUGGAAUCUAUUACUUCUGGCAUGGUAUCAACUGGCGAAGUUUCGUUGCCUGGAUUACGGGCUGGUCGUAUCUAUUGCCCGGCUUCGCAAACGCUGUCAAUCCGAACAUUGUGGUACCGGAAGCGUGCACGAAUCUAUAUUAUCUGGCAUAUCCACUUGGAUUUGUGGUCAGCUUCAGCGUUCAUUAUUGUCUUAACAAGGCCUUUCCGCCACUUGGGCUUCGAGAGGCAGAUGAUGUCGACUACUACGGCACGUUCAGCACGGAGGAAGCUGCGAGAUUAGGUGUUGCGCUGCCUGAGUUUCUGGAUGGUCUAGAUGGACCUUCAGAGUCGAAAGAGGUUGGCAAACAUAGCCAUGGCACUGUGAAAGAAGUGCAUGUUUGA